GUCUGGUGGCUCGGCAUGCUUUCAAGUUGCUGACUUCAGGCCUUAGGCAUUGGCCGCCCGGCUCAACUUGGUGUUACGGCAAUGAGUAUGUGCGUGCUUCUGAGACCCUCACAGUGCAGAACAAUUAUGUUCAGCUUCGGCUUCAGGUAUCAGGAUACAGAUCUGGUCUCCACAGCGGUUCGUAUACCCCAUAAGCCGAUUCUACGCACCAAGACGAUGUGAAUGUAAUGGUAACACACCUUAACCAUGGAAAGCACCUUCUCUGAACUUGAUAAUCUGGUCUCCCUGAUCACUUCAUCCGCUGACCAAAUCAAGCAAGAAUACCGCAACUCGAGGCAGACUAUUCCCAGCCUUAACAGUACUGAAGGACAUCCAUUCGACGCAGAGGCCAUCUCACAGGAGCUCCAAGAUGCCUUACGUACCGUACAUGGUGCCUGCGCCCAGUUAACCGCGAUGGUAGCACCACCUCAGUAUACAUUGACAGUAUUAUCUCUGGGUCAUUACUUCGCUGCAUGUCUGAAUGUUGCUGUAAACGCAAAACUCGCUGAUCACUUGCAAAGCCACCCCGACGGUCUGCAUGUUUCCAAGUUGGCAACAUUAACGAAGAUAGACGAAAACAAACUUGCGCGAGUCCUUCGCUUGCUCGCAACCAAACACUGUUUCAGAGAAGUAACGCUUGAUGUCUUUGCCAACAACCGCCUCAGUAUAGGACUCUUGUCUGACCAGCCUAUUGGUACUAUGGUUGGUUUUAUGACCGACGACAACUAUCGCGCAGGAACAGCACUAUCAGAUACGCUGUCUGAUGCGACACUUACUUCGUCUCUUUCCCCAAACGAAGCAGCUUGGGCACGUGCAAUGAAUUAUCAAGGCUCUGUGUGGGAUUGGUAUAAGGAAGUUGACCCAGUCAAAGGGAAGCGAUCUGGUCAAGCUAUGGUGGGAUUUGGUUCUGUCCUGAAGCUUGACAGUAUUGUCAACGGCUUCACAUGGAGGUCACAGCCAGAGGGUAUGACUGUGUGUGACAUCGGUGGCGGCGUUGGACAUGUCAGCAUGCAUAUUAUCAAGGCCUGCCCGCAGCUUCGUGUGGUAUUACAAGACUUACCUGCUACUAUCGAAGAGGCGAAACGAUUCUGGAAAGAAAGCGUUCCAACUCUCGUGACAGAUGGCAGGGUAGAAUUCGUUCCAUUGGACUUCUUGAAGGGAUCCCCUGUUGCUGGUUGCGACUUCUAUUUCAUCAAAAAUGUUUUACACGACUGGCAAGAUUCCGACUGCGUCACAAUCAUCACGAAUAUCAGGAAAGCUAUGAAACCGACCUCACGACUCAUUAUUCAUGAGUUUUUGAUUCAACAUGUCUCCUCUGACAAUAGUGACAAUGGCCGCUUCGUUAAAAAGGCACCUGAACCGUUGCUACCUAACUAUGGCGAGGGACGAAUUCUUGAGUACUACUCUGACAUUGCGGCAUUGGUCAAUGCUAAGGAGCGUACUCUGCAGGGAUUUUCCACUUUGGGACAACAGUGUGGCCUCGAACUUGUGAAAGUUUGGGAAUGCGGACAAAUGAACUCCUUGGAAUUCAAAUUGAUCGAUGCAGUUUGAGUGACCAGAAAUAUCAUUCAUGGUAUCAAGCAUGCCGAGAACGUGAGUCAGGUUUGAGUCCACCGAAUGGUUUAUACAUGUACUAUUAGCCAGUGUACGACAUUUUUUAAAUCUUGCUACGUUCUUCGUGACUCGAGAUAUGACCAAGGCCAGCAACUGAUUCACGCCUG